AUGGUCAACGGCCGUCAAAAGGGCUGCAAAAAAAUCCUUGUUCUUUACACAAACUUCGGCAAAAAUCGAAAGCCUGAAAAAACUAAUUGGGUUAUGCACCAAUACCAUUUGGGCCAACACGAGGAGGAGAGAGAAGGAGAGCUUGUCGUUUCUAAGAUAUUUUACCAGACACAGCCACGUCAGUGCAACUGGUCCUCCUCCGACAAGGCCGCCGCCGCCGCCGCCGCCGCCGCCGCCGCCGAGGUUACCGGCGACAAUGUUGUUCUUAGUAAAAGAGAGAAUGUGAGCGGGAGUUAUUCAUCUUCUCGGCAAAUGGCAACCCGCCAAAGAGACGAUAUAUCCCCAGUUGGCGGCGGCGGCCUUUGUCCUCCGCCACAUUUCGCCGCCACUUACGGCGGAUUGGAUCAUAUUCAGCCAUUCAAAGCCGACCAUUUUAGCUUUGGUCCCUUCAGAAGAACCUUUGAUGAGACAGGGAUUGGAGAAGCUGCCCCCGGCGAGGGGAUCGGAGAUCAUCCUCACCACCAUUGUCACCAUCUUUCCGUGGCGACUACUGCAUUUCAAAUAACCCGUCCUUCAAAUCCAAUCUCCACGAUCAUCUGCCCGUCUUCUCUCCACCAUUCCUCGAUCAUUCUCGACCAUGACUCGUAUCAAGUCUCACAAAACGAAAGCUUUCAGCAACAACAACAUCAUGAUAAGCUUGGAGGAAGGUCUGCUUCUGGUUUGGAAGAACUCAUAAUGGGCUGCUCUUCAUCUAACAUCAAAGAAUUCGAUCGUUCUAUGAAACACGAAAUCGAGGGCUUAAAGAUCGAUUAG